CGGACUCAGCCGAGUGAUCAUAGCGUCUUUUUGCAUAUCUCCCGGGCGAAAUUCUGAUCAAACAUGGGGAGAAGGAGUCGUGGGAAUGCAGAAAAUCCGCCUAAAAGGACAAGAAACCGAUAUAAUUUGCGAUCAGAAUCGAGUCGUGCAAAGCGUGAUGCAGCUCUAGGGGGUACAGACGGACGGAGGGUUGAGAUAACGGAUGAUGAGUUUAGGGAGAACAGUGCUGCUCUUGCUGUUGUAACUGAAGGAAAAGCCUUGACAGUUUCAUCCGUGGACCUGCAAAAGGAAACUAACCGUGCUGUUCACCACACUGAAGAGUUUGAACAAGAGGAGUUGGUCGUGAGACGGGGACAGCCUAUCACCUUCAAGAUAAUAUUUGACAGAAACGUUAAGACCGAUAGUGAUCUGCUCUUUGCCAAAUUUGCUUAUGGUUCCAGACCACAGGAAAGCAAGGGAACCUUGAUCCGACUGCCUUUAAAUCUGAAUGGUGAUGCCUCAACAGCUGACAAUUGGAAUGUCAAGGUCAAGGAUGUUGAUAAAAAGGUCUUGACACUGACUGUCUGUUCAGAGGCCGACUCCAUGAUUGGGAAGUACGAGCUGAUGUUUGAGACUAAGGUCAAGGGCAGUGAGAAUGACUUUGCAAACCAGGAUCUUGACACCUUCUUCUAUCUGCUUUUCAAUCCUUGGUGUAAAGAUGAUGCCGUGUACAUGGAGUCCGAGGAGCAGAGAAAUGAGUAUGUGCUCAAUGAUACUGGAUACAUCUGGACUGGAAACUUGAGGAUGCACUCGGCCAGGGCUUGGAACUUUGGACAGUUUGAGAGCCCAGUGCUAGAGGUGGCAUUGACCUUAUUGGACAAGGGGGAGCUGGCAGACUCGGGCCGCAGCAGCGUUAUCUCUGUCAUCAGAUGUCUCUCUGCUCUUACAAAUAGCAAUGAUGAUGAAGGAUUGCUGUAUGGGAAGUGGGGCUCUGAAUACCCAAAGCCAGGUACGAAGCCCUGGGAGUGGACGGGGAGUGUGGCCAUCAUGGAACAGUACCACACCACCGGCAAACCGGUCAAGUAUGGCCAGUGCUGGGUCUUUUCCGGGGUCGUCACCACCUUAUUGCGUUGCCUGGGCAUCCCCACACGGUCGGUGACAAACUUCGAGUCUGCUCAUGACACAGAUUGCAGCAUGACGAUCGACAAACAUUUCAAUGAGGACGGGGAACCUAUAGAGGAACUUAAUGACUCUACUUGGAACUUCCAUGUGUGGAAUGAGUCUUACUUCAAGCGGCUCGACUUGCCAGAGGGUUAUGAUGGGUGGCAGGCACAUGAUGCGACCCCCCAGGAGCUGAGUGAGGGGGUGAUGAGGUGCGGCCCAGCCCCUAUCAAGGCAAUCAAGGAGGGGCAUGUGUACCUGAACUUUGACACAGGCUUCAUCUUCUCCGAAGUCAACGGAGAUAAGAUUGAAUGGGAGGUGAAGAAAGAUGGCAGCAUGGAGGUUGUGUGGAUUGACAAAUAUGCUGUGGGUGCCAACAUCAGCACUAAGGCUGUUGGGUCAUCAGAGAGGCAUGAUCUCACCUUGGACUACAAAUACAGAGAAGGAUCAGCGGAGGAGAGAAAAGUAGUGGAAUUUGUAGAGAGGUUCAGCUCCCGCCGCAAACAGAACAUCUACAAGAAGGCCAUUGGUGACAAAGAGAUUGACUAUGAGCUGAUCUUGGCUGAUGACAGUAUGAUAGGAGAUGACCUUGAGGUAGGGGUCAAGGUGAAGAACCUGACCUCCGGGACCGCCAAGAUCAAUGUCACUCUCACCAUGGCAAGCAUGUUUUACACUGGCGUAGCCGGCAAGAAGAUUAAAGGGGACAGGAAUGAGAUUGAACUGGCUUCUGGAGAAGAAAAAGAAGUGAAGAUGCCAGUGAGUGCGGAGGAGUACGAGGUGGCAGUCAACCCUGAGUUCAUGUACAAGGUUACCGCAGCCUGUCGAGUCAUCGAGUCUGGACGACUGUAUGCUUCCAUAGAGGCAUUCUCCCUGCGCAAACCACCACUUGUAUUUGAUGUGGGAGAGAAGAUCUGUUCAAGUGUGGAGACCAUUGUGCCCCUCACAUUCAAGAACACGACCAACCUAAAGCUGCACAGCGCUGUCUUCCAUGUUGAGGGAUCCUAUAUGGUCAAGGCCAGAGCCUUCCACAUCAGAAAAUUGAUCCACCCAGAUGAUGAAAUCACUGUUGAUGUUCCGUUCUACCCACGUCGCCUUGGCAACCGCACUGUGAGUGCCACAUUCUCAGCUGAGGAAAUUGCCAAUGUGGAAGGGGUGGUCAAUGUGUUUGUUGUUAGCAAGUCUGAGUGGAAGGAUGAAUCGGAAGAGGAAAAAGAGUCUGCUGAGCCAAUCACAACAGACGAAACAGAUAGUAAACCAAUCAGCUCGGAGGAGGGGGAGUCAGGUGGUGAUGGGGAGGCAGAGCCAGCAGUGAUUGACAAGGAGGAGAAGCCAAUGGAGACUGGAGAUGGAGUGGGUGCAGGAGACGCGCCUGAUCUAGAGGAUCAGCCAGGAGAGCAAACUGGAGAUGUCGCCAAUGGAACAGACUAAAUGGAUGUGCAUGUGUGUACAACAGGCAGAAAAACAGACAUCACAGUUACCAUUCCAUUCAGGACUAUUUUACCAGUCUGUGGAGAUACAUAGUAACUUUUGAUACUGUAUUUUUGUAGCUUUGGUUUCUUUUGAUAAAAAAAUUAUAAUUUGACAACAGCUAUGAAAGGCUUUAUUAGUAUUUUUUUAUAGAUCUACCUAAAAAUGGAUUACCAAUCAUAGCAGUAUUCGAUAUUUUUGUAAUUUGAAUUUUGUUGUCUACAAAGGAAAAUAUUGUGAAUCUCAAUGUUGUGAAUGUUCUUUUAACUGGUAUAUCAUGUUAAUUGUUGUUGUUUUUCAAAGUUAAUGAUUGAGUUUUAAUUUCGGGUUUAAUACUUAAAUAUAUAUAAUUUUACUAAAAUUUAAUGAUCUCACACAUGUGUUCAGGACUUUUUUACAAUUAAUUUAAAUUCUUAAUUCUAUAUCCAUAUUCAUGUGUCAUAGUAAAUACAGUAUUUACCAAAGAUCAUCAUAUGUCUUCCUGUUUGCUGAAAUGUGCUUGCAUGUGUUGUUAUGUAUAUGUACAUCUAAUACAACUACCACGGUAACACUUAUUUUCCUCAUGUUGUAGUUUGAUUUUAUGUUAAGAAAUCAUAAGUUCUUAAGGACUUAACCAUAUACGAUGUACUCAAUUUCAAAAGACCUCAUGUAUUUUGGUUGUUGGUUAACUCCUCUUGUCUUAAAAAAAGUUGAUUUUUCAUAGCCUUGAUGUCGCUGUAGUCGGUGCUGAUGUAUUCUGACAAUAACCUUGACCUUAAUCAACUCGAAACCCAUAUGAAACUUAGUACAAAUGUUGCCAGAGAUAUAACUCUUGCUUUAAUAAUUGCCAUUAAGAGUAUAGUCUCUUGUGUCAUUGUGAUAACUACAACGCUAGCUCAUUGGCACUGUUGUUAAAAUUACAUACAAUAAAGUAAACUUUCCUUAGAUCUUUGAGACCAAUGCAGAGUCGGGCACGUAGCUGACUGUAUGCAAAUACGCAGUUGCAUAAUGAAAUUUUAACUGGCUGAUGUUUUUGUCAUACCAAAACCCUAUAAUUUGAAUUAAAAAUUGAACGGGGGUAGGAGGUGAAAGGGUUAAUAUGCUGUCCAACAUCAAUCAAUUCGGCCCUAGCUACGCGGCUGAGAGUGCAAUCUACAAAUAUGUUAUUUUUAUGUUAUAUAUACAAAUUAUAUGGCGUAGCGAGGAUAAUUUGUAGUAGAACAGGACGUCACCUUAGUGCAAGAACUCGAUAUCUGCUUCUAUUUCUGUAUGCAGUUAUUGAGUUUUUUCAGUAAAUGAUGUAUCCUGACAUCAGGAUUGAGAGUUUAUAACUUAAGCCUAUUGUGCAGUUGUUAAGAUUGUAUUUUGCUCACAAUUGCUUUAAAAGUACCUUGAAAUGUAUAUAAUUGCUUUUGGAAACAAUUUCAAAAGGGGUUGAAGGUCGUUACCCGAAUUCGGGCACAAGUCCCUCAUACUCAACGACCCCUCGGCUAUUUUUCAGGAUUGGCAAUUAUCAGCUGUUAGAAGCCCUGAUUGUAGUUGAUUUGUUUUUUCUUGUUUAUGUGCUUUGGUUACCAAGCAGACCAUAUUCAUAUUUUCACAGAAAUUUUAAUGAAUUGUAUAUAAAGUGCUAUAUACAUAAAUAUGAAUAAAUAAAACAUAAGGAAGAUUAUAUGUGUGCAAUACUUUAAAUAUAGUGAUAUUUAAAUUAGAAUGAGAUUUACAAUAAAAAAUCAUCAUUUUAUUUAUCAUAGCACUGGAAGUGGUUUUUGUCAUUUUUUAAUUAAUUUUAAAGAUUUUCAAAAGCUUGGGGUUAGUAGAUUGUUUUAGUUUUCUUUAAUUGUUUUCAUAUGAAAGGCAGCAUAAAAAGUGUGAAGCAGGGAGAUAAUAAAUGUUUGUAUUGUAAGUGAGAUUAUUUUUGUAUCAUUUUUUUUUUUGUAAGGCAUAUAUAAGUGUGUUAUAUGAUAAUUGCUUUUGACAAAACAUUGGUGAGGAGUCUGUGUGUUUGCAAUAGUAACAUUACAGUGUAAAGGCUAUGUAUAUCGUUAAUAUAUCGCUUGUAUAUCGUGAGUAGUAUUAGUUAUUUGUGCACAUACAUGUAAUUAUUAUUUUACCUUAAAUUACUUAUUUAUGUUUUAAUGAGAAUGAAAAAAGGAUAUUCUACAAGAAUAUAUAAUUAUCAAAAGAUCACUGUAUUAUUAAUCUACUGAAGCACGUUUUUCUCUCUUUGCCAUGAUUUUAGUUACCACCAAGAUCUAUCAACAUUUGGAAGUUCAUACCCAGUAGUGGUUAGAGGUUGUUAGUAAGUACUUAAAAAAUGAAUGGUUUAUGUAUGCAUUUGUUAUGUGUUAGUACAUACUAACAGCCUUUAACUUGUUUAGUGGUCUGCAUACUUAUGUGUAAACUACCUACAAAGUUGGCCAGCCACUGUUUAAUUCUACUGGCUCACUUGAUUAAAAUCAAUAAAGGCUGACUGCUGAUUAACUUUAUGGCUUGGUUUCCAUUUUCAAUUUGUUGGAUUCUGCUUUUAAUGACGAACUUGUAGUAAUAAUGUGCUAAUAUAAACCAAGUUCAAAACUUUGUUACUUGUGUUAGCAAUUCAUUUAAUUUCCAUUACCUAGUUUUGUUGUUGCUUUUUUACCUUAUAGUUCUUUUACACAUGUUUAUUUCUUUUUCUUAUUUUUUGUACUGUGCUUACACUUGCAUAAAUGUAAAGAAAAAACGA